AUUUUCCAGAUGGUUUCUUUGUGGUUCAGCAUAUGCAUGGCUUUUCGCAGUAGCCAUGGAGACCAACCCAUUUCCACCAAUAUUAUUCAAAGAUUCGAAAGCUCAGGACACAAUCAAACGCAGGAAAGCUCCGCUAAAGCCCUGAAGAAAGUUUUCCUCUCCAAUAGAUCUAUAACCUGCAAUGAUGGUUCUCAAGCCGGGUUUUAUUUGAGACGUUCACACUCCAGUACUAAAUGGAUAAUAUUCCUGGAAGGGGGAUGGUACUGUUAUGACGCACAUAGCUGUAGAAACAGAUGGUUAAAGCAGCGCCAUUACAUGACUUCCUCAAAAUGGCCGGAGACUAGAGAUGUGGGCGGAAUCCUCUCUCCCAACCCCAAGGAAAACCCCUUCUGGUUCAACGCCAACCACGUCUUCAUCCCCUACUGCACCAGCGACUCCUGGAGCGGCACCAAACCCCCUUCACCUCGAGACAUGUUCAGCUUCAUGGGCUCCUUCGUCAUCAGACAAGUGAUCAGGGACGUGAUACCUCUAGGUCUGGAAAACAGCACCGAUUUGCUACUAACAGGUAGCAGCGCAGGAGGCACGGGAGUCAUGCUGAACUUGGACUACGUGAAGGAGUUGUUGCACGACGAGCUGGAGCUAACCCAGAUAAACGUCAGAGGAGUAACGGAUUCUGGAUGGUUCCUGGAUAGAACACCGUACGCCCCGACGACCAAACCAGCCGUCGAAGCCAUCCGGAAAGGCAUGGAGAUGUGGCGAGGGAAGGUACCCAGGAGGUGCAGAGAAGAGUACUCCAACGAACCGUGGAGGUGCUACUUCGGCUACAGAUUGUACCCCACGUUGAAAUCUGAACUAUUCGUGGUCCAAUGGCUGUUCGACGAGGCCCAAAUGGACGUCGACAACGUAGGCGCCCCGGUGACCAAGCAACAAUGGGACUACAUCCACAAAAUGGGGGAUUCCCUGCGGCACAGCUUCGAGAACGUCUCGGCGGUGUUCGCCCCCUCUUGCAUCUCCCAUUCCAUGCUCACCAAGCGAGAUUGGCAGACGGUGAAGAUCGACGAUGUAUCGGUAGGCGAAGCCAUUCACUGCUGGGAGCUGAAGACCGCCAGAAGGCGGUCCAAGAGGCUCAAAAACGGAGCGAAGCGGAAGAGGAACUACUCAUUCAACGGCGACGGUGUGGCCAAGGCGAAGAGGAAGAGGAGGAACAGGAAGAUACAGAAGAAUAAAAUUCGACCGAGGAAACACAAAGUGUCGAGAAGUGUUCACCAGAAGCCCAGAAGGUCGAGGAAGAGGCGGUGCGUUCACAGGAGGCUGGAGAGGUGCUCCUGGCCGCAGUGCAACCACUCCUGCCCCAGGUUGCACAACCCCUUUACGGGUGAGGAAAUGGACUUUAUCGAGCUGUUGAAGUCCUUCGGAUUGGACAUGAACAGCGUGGCCGAUGCUUUGGGUAUUGAUUUGCAGACGUUGAACAACAUGGAUCACGCCGAUUUGUUGAAUUUGCUGACGCAGCAAACGAGUUAA